AUGGCGCCGAUUCGCAGGGGAGCGCCGCGCGCUGCCAAGAAGCUGGCGAUCCAUGCGAGGCUUGGGACUAACGAUGAGCAGAGGAAAGUCAAGGUCGUUACGGACCAACACGUCAUCGACAAGCCUUCGCCCGUGGCCGAGUUUCCUAUGCGGCAAUGGAGCCUGCGGCUCUUUCUGCUAGAUGAGGAUGGCAAUGAGCGGCCUGGCGAUGUCUUCACCAAGGUUGUCUACAACCUGCAUCCUACAUUCGAGAACCCCACCCAGACCUUCACCAAGCCCCCCUUCAUCUGCUCUAACGAGGGUUGGGGUGAGUUUGAGAUUGGCAUCGAUCUCUACACCACGGAAAAAACCAAGCUGGCUCCCAUCAUCCAUGACCUGAACUUUCAGCAGGAAAAGUACGAGGUGACACACACGGUGGUCUUCAAGAACCCUUCCCAGGCACUCCAGGAGCGGCUGCGCGAGACGGGUCCUCUGCCCUCUGAUGAAGACAGACCUAAGAAAAAGGGCCUCGUCAGCAAGAAGGGAGCCCAAAAGUAUGACUACGAGAAGAUCGCCGAGGCCCUCGAGAAGCUCGAGGAAGAGGAUCUUCUGCGCGUCAUUCAGCUGAUCAACGAGAACAAGGGGCCGGAUACCUACAUCCGGAGUGAUGUUGAAGUGAGUAACUUGUCUGAAGCUGGCGAAUUUUCCAUCGAUUUAUAUACCAUGCCGGAUGCGUUGACGACGAAGCUCUGGGAGCACCUGUCUAAGAAGGGUCUUGUUGCCUAA